AUGCAGAAGAUUCUUAAGAGAAACUAUAAGGCGGUGUACGCCAGUGAUGACAUCCUAUCGCUGUACCACUCCUCGCUGCUGUACGGCGACGUGCCUUUCACCAGUCGCCUGCGAGCCGUGCUCACCUCGGGACCCAUCAGCCUCGUCGUCACUGCUGUCAGUCCAUUGCCGCCUAUGCUGCCCUUCACACGCCUACAGCAGCUGGGCCUGGAUAUCACCUCCAUCACACAGGAGGUCAUCAACCUCAUCGUCUACCUCACUUCACUAAUCUUCGCAGCAGCAGGCGUCUUCCUGUGGGUGACCUACCUGAACCCCGAGGUGCAGGAGACGGGCAACUGUGAGCCGGUGAACUGCCUCGACUACGCCAUGUCACUCUACUUCGUUGUUGUCACGAUAUCCACGGUGGGUUAUGGCGACAUUCUGGCGACCAACACAGCAGGGCGGGUGGUGGUGAUGUGCAUCAUCGUGUCAGCACUUGUCAUUCUGCCCGUGCAACUCAGCAACAUCUCCAACCUCCUCGCCCACAGGCCCUACGGUGGAAGGUUCUCAGCAGCUUCCGCCACGGGCAUGCGGUUUGUGGUGCUGACAGGGCAGCUCUCCCCUCUCUCCAUCCAGCAGUUCCUCGCUGAGCUGUACCACCCGCUACAUGACAAAGACUUUGCUUCCUACCCACUGCACACCGUCAUUCUCGCGCCUUUUGAACCAUCCUUUCAUUCUGCCGCUUCAAUUCAGCAUCAUCUCAGUGUGUUGCCCAUCGUUUUCCCCAACACCAAUCACUUCCUUCCCCUGUUCCCCCCUCUCAUCCUCUAUCACACCCUCCCCUUCCUUCCCAGCUUUGAGCUGCGUGCUCUAAUCACGGAAUACCACGGUGCAGUGCGGUUCAUUCAGGGCUCGCCCAUGACGCUCUACGACCUGCACCGCGUGCAAAUCGCCCUCGCCUCCGCCGUCUUCAUCCUCCUCCCGUCGCUCCAAUCCGUGAGUCCCGCUGCACUCUGUACGCCCUCCCCUCCCGUUCCCCCUCUUCGCUCCUCCCCUCGUGCUGGAGAUGGGCAAUCCACAGGCACAUGCCUUGCUGGUUCACGCGCUCUGGACAACGCGCAAAUCGCGCAGGCCCUCGCAAUGAACCGCUAUGCGGGGGCGCUGUCACGCCUGGUAGUGGAGAUGGGGGACCCACAGGCAGCAGCACUGCCGGUGUGGAGUUUCCCCUCUGACCCUGCACCCGCCAUCCUCUUUGCCUCCAUGCCUCCCUCCCAGUCGCGUGCUCUGGACAAUGCUCAGAUAGCGCAGGCCCUUGCAAUGAACCGCUAUGCGGGGGCGCUAUCUCGCCUGGUGGUGGAGAUGGGCGACCCACAGGGGGCAGCACUGCCGGUGUGGGACACGGCCACCCAUCGCAUGCACGUGCUCAGCCAUGAGAGCCUGCGGUUCAAAGUGCUGGGGUCAAGCUGUUUCAUGCGAGGCCUCUCCACACUGAUAGCCAAUCUGCUGCGCUCGCCGCUCCUGCUCGACUCGCCGGGCCACAAGGCAUGGCUGCCAGAGUACCACGCGGGCUGCCUGCACUCCAUCUACCCCGUGCUGCUCCCUCCCGCGUUCCACGGCCUGCCCUUUGAAGAGGUUGCAGAGUUUGUUUACCGCUGCUUUCAUGUGUGCCUCUUUGCUCUUGACGUGCUCGUGGAGCCGUGUGGGGCGCAUGGAGGGGUGGAGAGGGCCAUGCAAGGGGUUGAUGACAACGCUUUGGGGGUUGGUACAACCCUGGAGGGUGGUUUUGAGGCUGCUGCUGCUGCCGCCACUGCUGAAGAGUCGGCAGUGUUUUCCCAGGAUAAGCCCGAGAAAGGAGAAGCGCAGACGAAAGAGGAGGCGGGGGAUGUGAAAGAGGAGGAAGAAGAGGAGGAAGAGGAAGAGGAAGAGGAGGAGGAGGAGGAGGAGGAGGAGAUAGAGAGGCCAGCAGUGGAGGUGGUAGAUCGGCACGAGGAGGCAAUACUGGCUCAUCUAGACUCCCACACCCUCCCCGUUGCUGACUUUGCCCAGCCUCAUAUCCUCGUGUGCCUCGCUGGCAGCAGCAGCAGCGAUGGCUGUGGUGGGGGUGAUAACGACGGGGAGGAGGAGGGGGGUGCGAAUGGGGGGGAGGGCGGGGGUGUCGUGGCGUGGCCGGCGAAUUUGUUCUGCCUGGUGAAGCAUCUGAGGAGCAGGGCGCUGCCGCAACGACCCGUGCUGGUUAUGCACCCCCAUCACCCCACCCACCGCGAGUGGGCCCAAGUGGGAAUCUUCCCGGACGUCUUCUUCAUCUGCGGCUCCCCCACUCACGACCUCGACCUCAUCCGCGCCGGCGUCCUCUCCGCAGAAAAAGUCCUCGUCAUCUCCCCGGACCAAUCGCCGGGCGCCACGUCACCCUCCCUCUCCUCCUCCUCCUCAGGCCCGUCAGCAGACCUGGCAAGCGUGGUGGUGGCAGCACACGUGGAACAGCUACAGGGAGGGCGGGAAACAGACGGGGGAAGCGGGGAAGCGGUCGGGGAAGCAGCAGAUGAAGGGGAGAGGGGAAAAGGUGGUUUGUUGGUGGAGCUACAGAGCGAGCAGUCGUAUCAAUACUUCCAGCCACUGUAUCUGCUGCCUGGGUGGCGGGCAGAGAGGAGAUCAUACCUGCGGAACAGGAUGGGAGUAUACACGUUUGCUCCUGUCUUUCAGAGCGGAAGGGCCUUCUGCAGCUCUGCACUCUCUGCCGUCUCUGUGGCCACCUUCUACAACCGCAACAUCUCCACCAUUCUGCACCUCUUGCAUGCGCUUGCACUGGGGCUGUACCGCGUGGCGGGCACCUUGGGAUCUCCAACUGCCUUUGUGCACACGAAUCCGCUCCCGUCUACACCUCUUUCUCACGGUGACCUUGUUUUUUACAUCAUGUGA